CUUAAGUAAUGGCAUCUGAGAAAUUGUGUUAAUAAUUAGCUCAGAUGGCAUUAUCUUGACUUACUUGAUAAUCAACAACUUUUGAUUUGAUUGAAUCUAGAAUCCACUAUUUAUUGUGCAUUUUUUGGCUUGGGCUGCUUUUUGAUUCCCAGUUGGCUAUUUUUUGUGAAACUAUUAAGACAUGCCCAAAGAAGAAAACAAGGAUUCUUUAGACGUCUGUAGAAUUUUCAAGAAGAGUAGCUUGAAUGGAAAAGUUACAGUUUUUCUUGGAAAGAGGGAUUUUCUGGACUACUUGACCCACGUCGAUCCCAUUGAUGGCGUAGUUUUAGUGGACCCAGAAUGUGUUAAAGACCAGAAGAAGGUAUUUGUUCAAGUUCUCGGGGCGUUUCGAUACGGCAGAGAAGACCUGGAUAUCAUUGGUCUAUCCUUUCGGAAGGAUUUAUUUAUCGCCACCAUACAGGUGUAUCCGCCAGUUGUGGAACAGCAGAAGCCACUGACGCCAUUGCAAGAGCGGUUACUAUCCAUACUAGGACCCAAUGCAUAUCCUUUCUUCUUCGAGAUUCCCCCAAACACUCCAAGUUCCGUCACGUUACAGCAAACACCUGGAGAGGAUGGUAAGCCGUGUGGUGUUGACUACCAAUUGAAAACACACCUUGCAGAAAGCCUGGAUGACAAACCAGAAAGACUAACGACAGUAAGGAUGGCCAUACGUAAACUGACCUACGCUCCUAGCGAUGUAAGAGCCCCUCCACCGAAGGCUGAACUUAACAAAAAUGGGAUCAAGCUGGAGGCCUCGUUGUUGAAGGAAAAAUACUACCACGGAGAAAGUGUUGACGUACAUAUCACGAUAGACAAUACUUCAAAUAAAACCAUCAAAAAGAUCAAACUGUCUGUUGUGCAAAAGACCAUGGUAACCCUACAUGUAUUGUGUGAAGAAGAACAAGAACUAAAAAUCCCGGACCAAAACUUUCAAGAAGGAUUCCCUAUCAGGGCUGGUCAGACGGGAUUUUGUAGGAUGUACCAUCUCACACCAUUAAUAGAGAACAAUAGAGACAAGAGAGGCCUAGCCCUGGACGGCAAACUGAAGCACGAAGAUACAAACCUAGCGUGCUCAACUAAGAUGUCAGAGAAUCUGCAGAAGGAGAAUUCUGGGAUUAUUGUGGCCUACAAGGUUGUCAUCAAGCUUGUUCUGGGAUUUGGCUCUUCUGACGUAGUUUUAGAGCUGCCUUUCACAUUGACCCACCCAAUUCCAGAUCAUCCCUCUAGAACAAGUAGCUUCCGAAGUUCUGUGGCAGACGAUACACUUAUUCCUAGUGAAGACAUGAUGGAGGACGAUUUAGUGUUUCAGGAGUUUAACAGGGCACCAAUCGCCGAGCCUGAGAAUUUUAAGGAUACAGUUCCCCAAGAGAAUAGCGAUGAAUAAAGAUACAAUUAUCGACGACAUUCACCAAGAAAAGAAUGAUGAAUAAAUAUAUGAUUAUCGACAACAUUCACUGACAUUCGGAAUUCUCCUUGUCUGUCUGCUAUAUUUGUUGUAUUUAACAGUAAAAUUAUGAACCAUUGUCAAAAUAUUUUGCAGAAUGUAGUUGUGCUCUGUUUUUUGAUUUUCUGCAAUCAUCAAUUAGAAAAAUACUGUGAAUAAUGAGACAACAUAUCAACAUGUUUUUCUAUUUUCCUCUCCUCAGUUAUUUCCAAAAACAACAGCUUCUAGCUAGGGUUUCUCCAUCCUCAUGGGAAAACAUAGGGUUUUUAAUUUUUUUUGUGUGCAAAAUCUUUCAUUUAUAUAACUUCAUCCCGAUAGAAAUACAUGAAAUAUGGAGAUAACGAACAGUAUUCAAAGUCAAAGUCUAUUACAACAAUACAAAUCGGGAGCAGAGCAAAUACGGACCUCUAAAAACAUCAGAGGUGAGAUCAGGUACCAUCAGGAGUGAGCAUCCGCCGUGUGCUCCUUGUCAUGAUCGGGAAAUAACGGAAAAAUCCGUCGACAAUUCAGUGUGUAAAUAAUGGCCUAACAAUUGAUAUGAAAAACGUCAGUCAGCAUAUGACUUAAUGAUAGAUUGUUUUUGCUGACAAGGUCAUUGUAUCGACCAUAGAACUUACGAAAUGAUGACUUUGAUAUUCUUGUUUCGUCAACUUGUUUGUCAAUAACUUACCUCGUUUUAGAAAUUGUUCAUACGUAGAGCAUGCUCUCUCGUAUCGAAUCAACCGAGAGAUAUACAUGUCAUAUGCAGGUGAUAAGGGUAAAAGUUAAAGUCAUCACGUUUAUCAUAAAGUUUUGUUGUUAAAUUACCAUUAACGUCUUUUUUCUAGUAAAAUAUCCAAAUAUGAAACAGAUGUGUCAGACUCUGUGGUAUCUUUUAUUUAAAUCUCACUGGGAUAUAUCGUGUCGACAUAUAAAUGGAAAUAACUAUUGUUAAUUGAUAAUGCAUCUUUUGGAGGAAUGUUUUUCAAUUAGUGAAAAAAAAAUGGUUUUGUAAAAGAAAUAGAUUUUUAAAAAAUUCUGUACUUAAUCAAUUAUUUUAU